AUGGUGGCUCAUAAAGCCAUGAUUAACUUUCUUUCUCACAAAGCUAAAGAUAGGUGGGUUAAAGAAGGGGAUGAGAACACUGCAAUGUUCCAUAAAUCAAUUAGAAGAAGACAGAUGCAGAACACUAUCCUGUCAAUCAAAGACAUGAAUGGCAAAUGGACUACUGAUCCAGGGCAAAUUCCAUAUGUGUUUUUGGAUUACUAUAAAUGGCUUCUGGGAACUAAAGGUGGUGACAGAACUCCAGUCAAGCAGUCAGUAGUGAAUAAAGGGCCUUUGGUAUCUGAUGAUAUGGCUUGUAUGCUGUCUAAUAGCUUUUCUAAAGAAGAGAUUAAGGUGGCUAUGUGGGACAUUGAUGGUAGCAAAGCUCCUGGCCCUGAUGGGUUUGGAAGUUCUUUCUUCAAGGGUGCUUGGGAGGAUGUGGGUGAGGAUGUGUGUAAAGCUGUGCUGGAUUUCUUGAACACUGGAAAGCUGUUGAAAGAAAUUAAUGCUACAAGUAUCACUCUCAUUCCUAAGGGGAAAUGUCCAGAGUGUGCAAGAAUACAGACCAAUCUCUUGCUAUUGAGAAUUUUUCUACCUGAGGUGAUUUCCCAGAACCAAGGUGCUUUUGUUCAUAGUAGGUUUAUAGCUCAUAACAUCAUGGUAUGUCAAGAUCUGGUGAAAGGUUAUGAAAGGAAAAACAACUCUGCAGGGUGUCUUAUUAAACUUGAUUUACAGAAAUCUUAUGAUUCUGUAGAUUGGGAUUUUAUAGAAGAAAUGAUGGUGGCUCUUAAGUUCCCUGUUCACUUCACCAAGUUGGUCAUGCAAUGUGUGAGAUCUCCUAAAUUUUCUUUAUCUAUUAAUGGUUCCUUACAUGAUGACAUAAUAUUGUGUUGCAAGGGAGAAUUUGAAUCUGUUCACUUGUUGAUGCAAGGUUUUCAGCUUUUCUCCAUGUCCACUGGUUUGAAAGCAAGCCCCUCCAAAACCUCAGUGUAUGGUUCUGGUAUGGAUGAUCACACAAUGCAGAGAAUACUGGAGAUGAUUGGUUUUGCUAGAGGUGUUUUUCCAUUUAGAUAUCUUGGCAUACCAAUAUGUUCUAAGAAGAUAAGUGUGGCUGAUUGUGAGAAAAUUACUUAUUGGGCUCAAAUCAUGAUUCUCCCAAAGAGCAUCUUGAAAACUGUCAAUAGUAUAUGUAGAUCUUUUAUCUGGAAUGGUGUUGCAGAACAUGUGGGGCCUGGGAAAGUUGCUUGGAAGAAGUUGUGUAGUUCAAAAAAAGAAGGGGGUUUGGGGCUUAUUAAUUUACAUGUGUGGAAUACAGCUGCUAUGGGCAAGCAUGUAUGGAUGGUAGCCUCAAGAAAGGAGAAUGUGUGGGUCAGAUGGGUAGAGUCAGUGUAUCUCAAAGGAGGGAAUUGGUGGAAUUACUCUCCUAAGACUACUGAUAGCUGGUACUGGAAGUCCAUCUGUCAAGUGAAAGAAAUGAUGAAGCUGCAUUUGUCUGAAGUUCAGUUGUGCUCAUUGUCUAAAUAUUCAAUUAAGUUGGCUUACAGUCAGCUUGUUUCUCCUAGUGGUAACAAGAUGUAUUGGGCUAAUGCUAUUUGGUGUAGACUAGCUCAGCCUAAACACAGGUUCAUUUCAUGGCUAGCAGUUUUAGAGAGACUGAGUACCAAGGAUAGAUUGAAGCUGUUUGGGGUCUCAGUGGAUGAUAUAUGUCUUCUGUGUGGUGUUGAAGUGGAAAAUCACAGUCACCUGUUUUUUGGUUGUCAGUAUAGCUCAAGAUGUUGGAAGCAGAUUGCUGGUUUCCUGCAAAUCAAUACAAGUAUCAGAAGCUUGCCUCAACUGAUUAAAUGGAUUCAUAGGAGAAAGUUCACUAAGUUCAGGAAAGGGGUGUUAUUCACCUUUGUCUGGUGCUUAGUGUACCAUAUUUGGAAAGAAAGAAACAAUGCACUGUGGAAUAAUCAGAUUAGAUGUAUUGAUAAUAUCUGUAGCCUAGUCAAGCACACUGCUAGCAGCAGGGUUCAUUCUGUUUUACCUCGAGCAAUUAGCUCAAGGGAUCACAGUUGGUUCAUCACCCUCUUAGAAGAGUAG